GUCUUCUGAGAGUGGAAAAAUAUCAAAAAAUUCCAACAACUCUCUCCUUUAACUCUUGUUUUCUCCCAAUUGACAUAACCUUGUUCCUCGCAGUGUCUAGGGUUUCGUAUCUCGCUCUUUCUCAAGGAUUCGAUCUUGCGCAAUUACAGCUCAAAACCAUGGGAAAGAGAAAGUCAAGGGCAAAGCCUGCUCCAACAAAGCGAAUGGACAAGCUUGACACAGUCUUUAGUUGUCCUUUUUGCAAUCACGGGUCUAGUGUCGAAUGCGAAAUUAAUAUGAAGGAGAUGAUUGGUAAAGCAACUUGUAGAAUCUGUGAAGAAAGCUUUAGCACUACUAUCACAGCUUUGAGUGAAGCUAUAGACAUCUAUAGCGAAUGGAUCGACGAGUGCGAGAGGGUUAAUACUGUGGAAGAUGAUGUUGAGCAAGAAGAGUUAGAGGAAGAAGAAGAAGAAGAGUUAGAGGAAGAAGAAGAGGAGGAAGAUGAAGAUGAACGUGUUUCUGUCAAAAGGAAGUAUAACUACCGAGACUAGCCUUUUAUCGAAAACCAUGCAAGUCUUUUUAGAGAUUGCCUUAUGUUGUAAUAUCUACCUUGAGAAAGUUACAAGAACAAUCUUUAGUGUUUUCUCAGUGUCUGAUAGAAAAAACAUAACAGUGUGAUGAAUUGUAAGUGGAUUAAGCCUUUGCCAAAUCGGUCUAAUACAUUUAUGAAACUCAAAACCAAA